CAACAUGGUUGUUUUGGUAUCCGCUGGUGAAGCAAACAUCUGUUAAAAGCUCAAGCAAAGACAGUAAAUAGCCAGUUUUGGCCACUGGAAUAAGGACGUUGGUCAUCUUAACAAUGCUUUAUCCGACUUGAUGAAACGUGUCGUGCUCCAAGUAAAAGACAGACAUUUAGUUAAUUUAGAGAAUCACGGUAGCUAACGUUAGCGGUUAGCUAGCCUGUUCGCUGGCUAACUCAGUCAACAAGUUGAGUUGAGCAUGGACAGCUCGGCGUUGGAGGUCGAUGCAGUGAAAUUUGCCAAAACAGCGGUCACCUAUGACCAAAGUGGCAAAUAUAACGAGGCUGUAUUUUAUUAUAAGGAGGCAGCUCAGGCCCUGAUAUAUGCUGGCAUGGCAGGGUCAAAACUGGACGGAAUCCAGGACAAAGUAAAUGAGUACCUGGAUCGAGUCCAAGCCCUUCACAAUGCUGUCCAGGCACAGAAGAUCGACCCGCUUAAGUCCCGGCAGCAGGUGGAUCUGGAGCGUGCCCACUUCCUGGUCACCCAGGCCUUCGAGGAAGACGAGAAGGGAAAUGAUGAUGAAGCAAUUGAACUGUACACUCAGGCUGUGGAGCUGUGCAUUAACACGUCCAAUGAGACAUCGGACCAGGUGCUGCAGACUAAACUGAAGCAGCUGGCACGUCAAGCUUUAGACAGGGCGGAGGGUCUUAAAGAAUCCCAGUCCAAAUCAACUCCAACUCAGGACAGGCCUGCAUCUAAGCCCAGCAGUGGGGCCAGUUCUGGAGGACAGGCCCGCCAGUUCUUCCCUCUUGGGCCAGACUUCAGCCUCCAUGACCGACAACACACCCAUCCGGUCCGAGCGGUCCAGUCCAGUGACCCCCAUGGUCAGCGCUACACGUCUGAAGAGAUCGAGGUGCUCAGGAGUACAUCAACAAUCAAUGGCAUCGCCUAUGUGCCCUUCAUGAGUGUGGACCUGAGGGAGCGCUUUGCUUUUCCCGUCCCUUUCUCGGACAAAACAGGGAAACUGGCACUGUCACCUAAACAGAAAGCUAUCUUCUCCCGCUGGGUGCGACCAGACGAGAUCUGCAAUAACCCUACCAUGAUCAUGUCUGUGUCCAGCUUCAGCAUCAAACAGACGGUGGUGUCUGACUGUUCGUUUGUAGCGUCGCUUGCCAUCAGUGCGGCCUACGAGAGGCGCUACAACAAGAAACUCAUUACCAGCGUCAUCUACCCUCAGAACAGACGAGGGGAACCAGAGUAUAACCCCUGUGGGAAGUACAUGGUCAAGCUUCACAUCAACGGAGUUCCCAGGAAGGUGAUUAUAGACGACUACCUGCCAGUGGAUCGUAACGGAGAGCUGCUGUGCUCCUACUCCAGCAACAGGAACGAGCUCUGGGUCUCCCUCAUAGAGAAGGCCUAUAUGAAGGUGAUGGGAGGCUACGACUUCCCCGGCUCCAACUCGAACAUUGAUCUGCAUGCGCUCACUGGCUGGAUCCCUGAACGAAUCGCUAUGCACUCAGACAAUCAGUCAUUCAGCAAGGACGACACUUUCCGUAUGCUCUUCCAGAGGUUUCACAGGGGUGAUGUCCUCAUCACCACAGCGACGGGUGUGAUGACAGAAGAGGAAGGGGAGAAAUGGGGAUUAGUGCCAACGCACGCCUACGCUGUCCUUGACAUCAGAGAACACAAGGGAAUGCGUUUCCUGCAGCUGAAGAAUCCGUGGAGUCAUCUGCGGUGGAAAGGCCGUUACAGCGAGCGUGACGAGAAGAACUGGACACCUGAACUCCUCAAGUACCUCAACUUUGACCCAAAAACAGCACAGAAGUUUGAUAAUGGUGUUUUCUGGAUCGCAUGGGAAGAUCUUUGUCAGUACUAUGAUGUCAUCUACCUGAGCUGGACCCCUGCCCUGUUCAAAGAGUCCUCCUGUAUACACAGUAGCUGGGAUGGGAAGCAGGGCCCAGUGAAGGAUGUCUACAGUCUGGCCAACAACCCCCAGUACAAGCUGGAGGUCCAAUGUCCAACAGGGGGCGCUGCUGUGUGGGUGCUGCUCACCAGACACAUCACUGACAAGGAUGAUUUUGCACAAAACAGGGAAUUCAUCACGCUUGUUGUUUACAAGACCGAGGGAAAGAAGGUUUACUACCCAGCCGACCCCCCUCCUUACAUUGACGGCAUCCGUAUCAACAGCCCUCACUACCUGACCAAGAUGAGGCUGACCAGCGCAGGGACACACACCUUCACACUGGUGGUUUCCCAGUAUGAGAAACAAAACACCAUCAACUACACGCUGCGGGUAUACUCUGGAUGCAAAUUCACCUUCUCCAAGAUCCCAAAUCCCUUCACUCAAAUCAAAAGGAUCAAUGGCCAGUGGAAGGGGCCCAGCGCUGGAGGUUGUGGGAACUAUAAGGAUUCAUACAAACACAACCCCAUCUAUCAGAUUAACCUGGAGCGGCCGGGACCGCUGCUCGUCGAGCUCCGAGGAUCCAGGCAGUACAGUGUUGGUUUUGAGAUGUUGACAGUGUCGACGGUGGGGGAUCCAGGCCCGGCUACCUUCCAGAAGAAGAGCAGUGGAGAUUACAGAUGUGGCUUUUGCUACAUGGAGGUGGACCACGUCCCAGCAGGCCUCUACAACAUCAUCCCCACCACCUUCCUGCCCAAACAGGAAGGACCCUUUUUCUUGGACUUUGCCAGCGUCUCACCCCUCAAGGUCUCCCAGCUCCAAUGAAGACUGAGCUGGACAGAGGACGGGGCCGGGGAUGGGAAUGAGGUACCUGCAAAGAUAUCAUGGGAUGUCGCUAAAACUGUAAACUUUGGAUGUGAUGAAGACUGAAGAAUGUGUCACAGCCUCUUGUGCUGAACCUUUCGCUGAGGACAGACUGUGGGCUUGAACUUCACAGUUUGCUCUGUGAAGUUAGGGUGAUGGAAUAAAUUAUUAACGAGGACACAUCAAGAGGAACAGUAAAGUCAACAGUCAAACCAUUUUGGGACAAAAUAAAAUACACAAAUGGACAGAGUAAGAAAGACAGAGCUGUUGCACCAUCUUUUGCUAUAAUAAGAUAAAGUGUUUGUGGAGCAUCUGCAUUGUUGUUCUGAUCAGACGGUUAAAUCUGAUGGAUGACAGCAAUUAUAAGACCACAUCCUGGACUCGACAGGAUGCAGAGAUGUAACAGGGUACAAAUGAGCACCAGCCACCAACCAAGAGCUGCAAAAUUGGUGUGAAGGUGCAGCAAAUUCUGUUCAGGUUCUGCUUUGCUGCAGUGAGCACCUCAUCAGUUUAGAAGCCAUUCUAAAUACUGAAACCCCAUUUUUUCACUUUAGUGAGGAAGAACUUAACUCUCCUGCACAGAGUCCUGACCUUAACCCCAUCCAACACCUUUGGGAUGAAUUAGAUCUGAUCACCCACUAAUGGUUUUGUGGCAGAACAGGAGCAAACCCCUGCAGCCUGGUUUAAAACUUAGAAACCAGAAGAGUGGGGGGUUUUAAAGUAGCACUUUGAUGCCAAUUUUCACAUGUGGAGUGUUAAUAUGUCCACAAACCAAGUUCUGGAUCUUACUUGAGAUUUGGAUGAAAUUUGCAGAAUGUUUCAGGAACAAAUAGUACAGGGAACAUCAUGAUAUUGUCUCAGUAAAAGACAGACCUGUCUGUCACAGCCAGUAUGAAAUGACAGCUGUGUCUAGUGAAUUCAUGCAUGGUCCUCCUGAGCAGAAAUAGUGGCAUUGCUUGUCCCGGCUGUAACUUAAACUGGCUAUACAUCGCAUUAACUGCUGUAGAAAUCAAGCUGUUAUAAUAUAUAAAUAAAUGUAAAAUAAGAUUAUAAAUUAGAAACCAUAAAGGAAUGAACUAUAGGUUCAUGAAAAGUCUCAUAUAAAGGCUUGGAUAAAAAUGUGUAAUGGAAUUGAAAAUCCACUCAUGCUUGAGAUGCUCACUGCUGCAAAAACCACUUGGAAAAGAAGAAAUUGCUUGAUACCGCCAGCCAUAAUAAAAACAAAAUGUUAUUUUGCAGAAAAAAUGUCACCUCAGCUGAAGGCCUCAGUCGUCCCUUUCUGAAACUAUUGCUUUACCUUACACCCUCAUCAGACCUGUUGACUUAGAGUUAAAUAAGCUGGAGUCCCCGCCAAAAGCUGAUUAAAAAGUCUGUAAGGUAGAAGGAACAGUUAGUUUCCUUUAAAUGACCGUGAAGGUUUUUCAAAUUCUCAGGAGCAGUGCAGCAGAGCAGCACCACAGGGAAUCCAGUAUGGCAGCAGUUGAAUGAUGUCUCUUCAUGUCUGUGGAUGUGACGGCUGAGUGAUGAAACGUCAGCCUGAUUUCACUGACAGGCCUCACGUCCGCUCUCAGCUGGACGCAGGUAUCACACAUACCUGUAUGUGUAUGUGAGUGUGUGUCAUGUCUGAUUGGCACUGUCAACCUUCUACAGGUAGAAAUGUAAAUGUAUUGCCAAGUACACAUCCUUCGUUUACUUUCUUUGUUGAUGUACUGCACUUUUUUGUAAUCAUUUCUCAUAUUUAUUGUCAAGCACAAUAUAGGGAAAUGAAUAUGUCACUUUGUUUCUUCAACGCAAGCAGUUUAAACCGUUUUAAGAAAGCAGCUAACCAGACCCUCACCUUGUUUCCUGGCUGUGUUUUUCACUUCUUCCCCCAUCAGCAGUCUGUCACUUACAAAUGUUGCUGCUAUAUUCUGUGCCGCUCACCACAAACUCCUUGGCAUUAACCAUCAUCACCAUGGCAUCAAUAGUUUUGCUGUGUUGGAUUUCCUGAAAGAGAUCUGGCUGGAAGUUUUCGUGUGAGCCCAUCCAGCAAUGCUUAGUGUUGAAAUGAUUGUACAGGUUUUGCUGCAUCAUGUGAAAAAGUAGUUUGGAUUUUUUCAAGUGGGGGUUGUAUGAGGUACUUAUCCAGUCAGUGUACAACCUACAGUGCAUGCAGUAAGCUGCUCCCAGUUUGAAGAAGCAGGCUAAAAUAAGUUAACCUGCUGCUGCUGUAGUACAUUAGCUUAGCCAAACUUUUUCUUCAUACAACCUCACUUAAAAAAAAGCUGUGCAGGCAUUUGUAUGACCUUGAGGUUUUGUUUUUGCUCAAACUACUUUUCUUUCCAACUCCUUUGCUAUGCCCUUUAGUUGCAAAUGUUUACACUAAGAGUUAACAGUAGAGUGAGUCUGUCUGCAGUGUGCAGUAGAGGACUACACAGGGUUGUGUUAGUGUUGCGGCUACAGUGCAUGCCGCCACACAAGUCUUUCUGUGUUUACAGAGCACAAUCCACAAGCUGAAGUAGUGAAUGUAAAGCCAAACAGUCUGACACCAAUGAUUCAUUUCAUUUCAUUAUUUCCUUUUCACUUAAUUGAUUUUUUUUAUAAAAGGAUUUGAUGUCCCUCACAAGGUCACAGAACUGAACUUACAUCUCAAAAAAACCUAAAAGCAAUUAAAAUAACAGUGACAAAGAAAAUCAUUACGUUUCUAAAACUGGAACCAGUGAUGUGUUUUGCAAGUUUGAAUGAUAUAUGAGCCCAAACUGAUAAUUAUUAAUCAGCAUUGUUAAGUUAUUUGAGCAUACAAUGAAUGGACACAUUGUGUAGCCUGCAUGUGGCUCUCCUCUGCAUGCAGACUGCAUCAACAGGGCACCGUGCACUGAAUGUGGAUAAUAUUAAAAAAAACAUUGUCACAGUAUAGAGUUUAUAUGAUUUCAUGACGGCUUUGCUUUACAAUCAUUCAGUUUAUUUUAAAUAUAGCACAAAGAGAAGUUGCCUCAGUCACAUUAUUCCAUGUUUACAGGGUGUUUUAUGAUGAUUUGACCUGGUUCAUAGUAAUGCUUUCGGGGAGCAUGGUGACAGUUUUUACUCAUUAUUACUGUUAAUAAUAAUAAUAAUAAUUGAUUGCAGUCAGUGCUGACUGGUUGUCGACUGUAAAUGAACUAUAAAUGCUGGUGUGCUAAAGGGUUGAAAUAUAGCUUUAAAUUACCAUUGCCAAGUAUUUCUGUCAAAUAUCCACCUCUUGAUUGAUGAUACAUCAUUAUUAUUAUGAAUGCCAUAUCUUUCUGUUAUUCAGUUAUGUCUUUUUAACAACAAACCGACUUACGUAAAUAUGCAACAGGACAAUCUUGCAGCAGCCUGUUGUAUGAAUGAUGAUGUAAUGUUUGCAGAACUUGCACUAAAUGUUAGACUGAUGUGUUCAAACUCUGAAUACAGAAAAUUAUUUCUGA